ACUUUUAAAUCUUCGAUGGCUGAAGCCCGGCGUGAAGAGGAGGAAGAGGGGCAGCGCAGAGAUCUGCGGGACGUCCGGAACAGAAACCAAACGACAGAUCAUCCUGAAAGAACCAAACCAGAUCAUUUACACUGCAGCCAAGGACCUCUGUCGUCUAUACGAGCUGCUCUCAAACUGACAAAAACAAACUCCCAGAGUGAGCACACCAGAGAAAGAAGGCGGCCAGAGAUCACCAUCGUCUCAGCAGAACCUCUGGCCAAUAACAACUGGUUCUCAGGAACCACUGUGGUUUUCCCUUCUCCACAGUCAGGCUGGUCUGCAGGCAUCCAGGCUGUUUCCCAGCCCCCACCAUCCUAUGACCAGGUGAUUCAAGAGAAGACUCAGGAAGAGCGCAUCGUCAAGCCGACUGCAGCCCCUCGCCGGACCGCCUGCACCACCACAAGUGGCACACAGACUGACCCUGUGAGGGAAGACACCUCCGCCACUGUCAAACAGUCAGCAAGAAAAAGGCCUGCCGGUAAAAAGCCACAAAAACCACCGAGGCCAUCACUGCCGAAACCUUUGGACAGAGAACCGGUCACUGAAACAGUUGCAGCCACUGAUAAACAGGUUGGAACAGUGCGCACAAACACUGAGGAUCCAAGUGAAACCAAGUCAGAUGUAAAUCAACCCAACCAAGCAGAUUCCUCUCACACAUGCACCAGAUCGGUUACCGUACACUGGGAUUUCCCUACACAACAUCUUCCUGCCCCUGCUGCUGAAACUACUACCCUCUCUCCUCCAGACUCAGAACAAAGUCAGCGGCCCGUUCCUCUUCCUCGUACAAAAUCCCGAAAGCAGGCAAUUACAGGAGAGGUUAAAGUUCAGACUUUGGUCAAGAUCAGUGAAGACUGCGACGACAUUCCAUCUAGUUCAGAGGAGAUACAAUCAAAUGAGUAUUUAAAGGAGUUAUUGGAGGUCUUUAGUGCAGAUAACGAGUGUGAGGAGAACAUUGUCAACCAAUCCGACGAGGCCUUACAAGACGAAGAUGCUGGUAGCGAGAUGAACGGCAGCCACAGUCAACGCAAUAUCCGGGCCAGGAUCCAGGCCUUCGAGAGCCAGACUAGCACUGAGGAUGGAAAUGUGGUUGAAGCACCUAAACCAGAGCCUCGACCCAGGAAGGCGACCAACAAACCACCAGUCGCUGCUAAACCUUCUGUAGCCCUUAAACCUCAGUUUAACCACAGUAUAGAUGAUAAUCAAAAUGUGUCAUACACAAACAUCUCCCAAAUCCCUACACCAGCCCCGAGACCAGAGCCCCCUAAGAAACCCGUGGGACUGUCCAUAAAAGAGGAACUAGAGAUUUUACACAACAAGGCGGCCAACUCAGACAGACCGCGUCCUGUACUGACCAGAGCAAAGACCGUCUAUGAUGAAGAAGUUUCCCCAGUUCCUCCUAUACCUCCAGUGAAGCCUCCUAAGGAACCUCUGAAACCCAACAUGAAUAUAAACAACCACAACUCGGCCUCCAUGCACAGAGAAAAUAAGGAUGUGGACGGUCCAUCAAAUCACAUCCCGGUCAAGCCUCAACAAAGUGUGGACAGCAAUGGAGGCUCAUUCACCAGACAAAGUAUAGCACGGAGGCCGACCACCAUCAGGGUCCCCAGCAAAACUGGAUCAUUGUCAGAUAAUUUUCUGGACAGUCCCCCACCUCUUCCUGCUCAGAAGCCCGUAGGGCACCUAAACACCUCAGCGAACCACAAACAAAGCCCAACGUCCACGUUCCAGGAGUUUGCGCCAGAGCCAUCGCUACCACCUCGGAGACUGAGUACAAGCAAACCGCUUCCACCUCGUCCACCUCCAGCCAAAACAGGCCCGGGAAGACCUCCCCCACCCAACCUUCAUGCCACGGGUCGAUCCCAGUCAGCAUCAUGGGAGGUUUCACCAAGACUCCAGGCACAGAAGCCCCACAGGAAAGGGCCCGUCUUACCCCCGAGGCCCAACCCAGGCCACCAUCUCUACAACAAAUACACUCUUCAGCUUUCUCAUGGGAUUGCUUCCUGUGAUUACAAUGGGGGGAAUACAGGAGAGCUGUCAUUUCAGAAAAAUGAAGUGCUUCUGCUGCUAGAGGAGAUCGACCACAAUACAUUUGAGUGCCAAGUCGGAGACACCAAAGGCAGAGUCGACAAGUCUCGCAUGAAGGUCAUAACGCCGCUUGCCUCCGUCUCGCACAUGUCCCGACCACAGGGUGCCGGUCCAGCUGGUUCAGGUGGAGCUGGUUCUGGUCUUAAAGUGCAGGCUGUACAUGACUUCAAUGCAGAGGGUCCAGGAGAGCUGGGUCUGCGAGCAGGAGAUGUCGUGACCAUGGUGGAGCAGGUGGACAGUGAGUGGUACAGAGGCACCUGUAGGGGAUCUGCUGGUUUCUUUCCCGUCAAUUAUGUCAAGGUCCUGUCAAAUUCACCAAAGCCCCUCCCUGAACGGAAAGCGAAGCCACCACCUGCAACAGUCAGUGGUCCCAGAUGUGUGGCGAGGUUCGACUUUGAGGGGGAGCACACCGAUGAGCUGUCGUUCUCUGAGGGGGAUGUGAUCCAGCUGAAGGAGUUUGUUGGACAGGACUGGGCUCGUGGACAGAUUGGAAACUUAACUGGAAUCUUCCCUCUGAACUUUGUUGAGAUCAUUGAAGAUCUGCCUCCACCUCCAAGUCAGCAGCAGACCCAGUCCACGAGGUUGGCGCUGCCUGGCAUGGUUGCCUCUCCAAAUACACACCCUGAAGUUGCCAAACCUGCUCAGGCGUCUCAAUCCAGUGUGGAGUGGGUGGUAGCUCUGUACGACUUUACUGGGAGUUCAGACAGCGACUUGUCCUUUCAACAGGGCGACCGCAUCCUGAUCUCAAAGCAUAUUGACGCUGAGUGGAGCUGCGGCCGGCUCAACGGCCGAGAGGGCAUAUUCCCCAGCGCUUUUGUUGAAAGCAGCGCAGGCCAACAGUCUUCUAAUAACCAGUACAAGGUAGCUGCUGCUGCUGGUAGCAGAGCCAGGGCUUUGUACGACUAUGCCUCAGACUGUGAUGAGGAACUUUCUCUGAAGGUUGGGGACAUUAUAACCAAUCUGGAGUCAAUUGAUGAAGAAUGGUUUUUGGGUGACUCGAGAGGGAAACGGGCCAUGGUACCUAAAAACUAUGUGCAAGUACUGGCGUAGUACCACGUGGCUUUCAAUGCAAGAAAAGGACACUGAAAUGAGAUCUGACCGGAUGUAAUUCAGUGAAAGUCGGAAGAUAUCUCAAACUGGAAUGCAGUAUUUCAUCUCAGUAGUGCAACAUGUUUAAUUUAUAAUUAAGUGUUCACUGAUAAUUUAUGAGUAAAGCUGACUGGCAGUUUAAACACACUGGAUGCUGAUGUACAAACCACUUCUUCACCUGUACAUUUGCACCAUCUAGUGGUUUGUCUCACUUGAUCACAUUAUAAAAUAAAGUAAAAUAUUUCCAAUACAUCUGGUACAUAAGGUUUAUACCUGAAAAUACGUUUCAUAACCUAGAUUGUAGAAUUGGGAUCCUGUGGAUUAACUAAACAUUUGAUGCUGCUUUUUAAGGUUUGUUUGCUUCAUUUAUUUUGCUGUUUCUCUUGUAAAACAUGUUUUGAAAAGUACUAAAUAAAUGGAUUUAUAAUGCACAA